AUGGAGUCCUUUUUUCAACCAAGCAUAACACGUCUCUUGCUGGCUUCUUGUCUUACUUCUGCAAAUGCUUCAUCAAUAGAGGAUACUGGUCUAUGCCCUAGUAUCCUUCCUCGCACCUUAUCAAGCUCUCAGGUAUUGGAAUGGAUGGAGGAAGCUGGAGUUCAGCCUUCAAAUGGAAUGUAUUGCGACAUAUUCUCCUUUGCACAGAAAAGUGGAGCCACUUAUGCUUCUAUCAUACAGGAAAGAGUCGGUAUGCAAAUACUUCUCCUGCUCAAGAGAAUCAUGUUUUGGAACACAUGA